AUGAACAUGAGUUGCCAGUUACUUCAUCCUGAUGAGGACAAAUUUUUCACUUUUGCCUUGAAUCUGGUUAAUAAAGCAGGAACAUUGGUUCGAACUGCCUUCGAACAGCCAUGUUCAAAAGUGCAUACGAAAAUGUCUGACACAGAUUUGGUGACAGAAACAGACCAGGCGGUUGAAAAAAUGUUGAUCGAGAAUCUUUCGAAAGAAUUCCCUGACCAUAAGUUUAUUGGCGAAGAGUCUGUGGCAGGUGGUGCAAAAAUUGACUACACCGAUGCACCUACCUGGAUUAUUGAUCCAAUCGACGGCACCACGAACUUCGUGCAUAGAAUUCCAAUAAUCGCCAUAUGUGUAGGACUGGCUAUUAAGAAACAGUUACGUGCCGGUAUUGUUUAUAAUCCGAUCACUAAAGAACUUUAUACGGCGCAGUCAGGGCGAGGAGCUUUUCGAAAUGGUUUUCCAAUUCAUGUUUCUUCUACCAAAGAAAUAAGUCGAUGCCUAAUUGGUCAGUCUCAUGGAAUUCAUAAUUUGGCUCAAUUUGGUGAAAAAUGGUUGAAAAUCACAAUGGAUAACCAUGGCCGCCAAUGUCUUGCAGGCAUACGAGGACACCGUUCGUUCGGCUCUGCAGCUAUGAAUAUGGUCUAUGUGGCUCAAGGUAUAUUGGAUGCAUAUGUUGAAUACGGUCUCCAUGCCUGGGAUGUGGCCGCUGCUGGAAUCAUUGUUAAAGAAGCUGGUGGUAUGUUGCUAGAUCCAGCAGGUGCCGAAUUUGACAUUAUGAAUCGUCGAGUUCUCUGCACCUCAACUCCUGAGCUGGCUAAGGCAAUAAAAUCAACUCUCAGUCAUGUUGAAUACGAAAAAGAAGGAUAA